GAUUGGGGAGUCACCUGGUGGCCAAAACCGAAAGCUAACACUCGCUAUCGCUCCCCCGCUGCCGCCGGUCGUCGCGAGAAACACCACUAACGCCCAGUAGGACCAAGAGCUAGCACAAAGUGUAUUACACGCGGGCGUAUGUGUGCUUUGCGAUGGAGUUCCCAGUCUGCUCUUUACGUGACAGUGCUAUUAUUCGUCGCAGGGCUAGGUCUCGGAGAAGGAUCAAAAGAAGACACGUCGAACCCCGAUGAAGCAUUGAAAAUCGAGUUGGAUCACUUAUACGUGGAGUUCGAGCAGCUCUGGAGUGACUUUGAUUUUGAAAUAACAUCGCAGGACCUCCAUAAAACCGUCGACGGGAGCAAAAUAGAUUUAGAACGUCAAAUCUACGGAGACUCUAACACAACCUCAGAUAGGGAUCUCAAAACAGAAACUCGUGGAGCUGCGGACAUUCACGUCAGGAUACCGAGAGGAAGCCCACCGAAUAUUUUCCGGAGAAAGAAGGUUCCUAAGCGCUGCAUGGGGACAGGCGCUGCUUCUGUGUUCUCGGGAGGCAACGCUCUCAAUUAUAUGAGCUUUUUGGUCACCGUCAGCACCCUCAUCCUUAAUAUCAAUAAUAAUAUAAACAAUAACAAUAACAACAACAACAAUAAUAACAAUAAUAACGUUGAUAACAGUAAUGUCAACACAAAUCUCAACGCUAACAAUGCAAAUCAGAUCAACAUCAUGCCCCCUGGUCGACGCAAGCGACAAACCCGGGCGAUGAGCGUAGCUACGUGGGUGAUGACGUCACAGGCCAUGUGUCCGGCUCCUCCCAGCGACGGUUUGGUAGAUGCCGUGAACUUACUGGAGAAGGCGUUGACGGGAAAAUUCAAGAAUCUCGUGAAUACAGUAGUUCUUUAUUAUAUGUGUGUUUUCGCCCUUGGGUUCGAUAUAAAGGGAUUCCAUUCCUUAAAAUCGUUUCCCUCUUUUUAAUUUCGUUAUGUCCUUGUGAUAUUGUCAUUUAUAUUUCAUUUGUAAUAAAAGUUUAAUCACAUUAUAGAAUUUUCAAUAUUCACGUUGUUAACGAGAACAGAAACUAUAAACAUAUGUAUACAAGCUGGUCACGAAUGAGCACAACCUACUUAAACGCGUGUUUGUUUCUGUGCAGGCGACAAAAACAGAUAUGAUUUACCGUGAAAUCUGUGUGAUGGUAGUUCAAAGGAUGUUCUUGUUAUUAAGUAUUAUCUUUGUUUCGCUUGUAAAGGAUUCACAAAAAAA